UUUAAUUUUACUUAAUGACCAGUGAACGUGCCAGUGUUAGUGCAAAUAGGUACUUGAGCGAAAGUUAUUUUCUGUCUGGAAACAAAAAUUAAAAAAAAAAAAAUUUGUUAUGAGUGAAAUGACUAAAGUUGUUAAUAAUCAGCAGCACCAACUUGGUGUUAACAUUGAUGAAAACCUAUUGUGGUGUAGCAAUUGUAAUAUCCACUUGGAUAGUAGUAACAGUUUUGAUGUACACAUACGCUUUCAUCAUCCAAAUUUAAUGAAUGAAUGGGGAGGUCAGACAAGAAAGAACAAUAACGAUGAGAAUAUUCAUGAUGACAGUAGUGAGUGUGACAAUAAGCAUGGCCAACAGCAGGUUAGUAACUCAGGGAAGCACAUACUCAGUAACGAAACUGCAUCAUCUGGUAUAUGCAAAGCAGGUUUCCGCUUAAACUCUGGUGACAUUAGACCUGAAAUGCUACAACAACAACAACUACAAGACCAUAAUUACGACCAGCCUUUUACAUUGGCUAAUUUCAGCGAUACACAGUACUUUAUGAGUCGAGAGUUUGCACUACCAUCACCCUCUUUAGAUUCCGAGCAGCAACAGAUAGAUGAACAAAAAUUAUCACCACAUAUCACUACUGAGCGUAGCUUUUACUCUUACAAGCUUCCCACCCAUCAAUCUGACAUAACCACGGAAACAAACUCAUCGGGUAUAGUACAACGCAACAAGUGCAGUUCUAUUUUUGAAGAUGUGACUCAACUCACCGAACAUUUUGAGCGUAGCCACGAGCUCUUACCAGGUACCCAGUGCAUACUACAAUCACCAACAACUAGCCUUGUACAACAGCAGCUGAACCAAGCGCAAGCGCAACAGCCACAGCAUCAGAUACACGCUUUACGUUCACAAACACGACUUGAUCAGCAGCAGGGGAUGUCGGGACAGUCUUAUGACUUUGAUGCAAUCAUUGCAUGCAAGAAUGAGAAGGAGCCUGAGGAGCACGCUGAGAUCCUUGAUCUUGACUCUCACAAAGUUCAAACGCACAGGUACGAGGAUGAGUACUCUAGAAUUCAUCCACAUCGUUCUCAUGAAAUGGAUAUGUAUACACAUGCUCACAUGGUACAUCAACAGAAUCGAUCCGAUCAGAAUCACCAUCAACAGAUGCCCAUUUUAUUUUCUGGUCAGUCUAUGAACUGGACAACCGUGCUACCACAGGAUUAUCAUAGUCCAAUGCUAAUAGAUAACCCUCCAUCUCGUCAGGAGCAACAGAAGCAGUUUGUACAUGGCCAACCGUUGAUACCUCCAGUUGAUCAACGACCACUCAAUAGCUCACCACUCGUUACGAGUACAGAACAAAUGCUUAUACAUCCUGUAUCUGGGCGCAUAAUCCCACAAAGUAAUAAACCACCACUUGGUGGUAAUCAAUCAUGGAAAAGCAAUGAAGCACGAAGACCAAAGACCUACAAUUGCACGGCGUGCAACAAGUGGUUUACUAGCUCUGGGCACCUCAAAAGACACUACAAUACAACUCUUCAUAAAAAUGCCGUGAAGCAAAGUAAUAUGCCUGAUCCAGCUACUCAACCAAUAAGCUCACACCAUCACCCAAAUCGUGGGGACUCUUCUUUAAUAAGAAAAACAAUUAGUAACCGAAUCUCACCCGAUCAAUUAACUUCUAACAGUCCCCCAAACUUGAUGGCAGGUCCCUCGGAAAAGGCACCGAGGGGCCUGCUUCAUACGCCUAUUAUCAGCAUGAAUACUCCCAGCGGUCGCAGCAGCAACAUUGCCUGCGUCAGCAGCGAGCUUACAACGAACCACGUAACCCAGCCUCAGAAAAUUCUGCAACCAUCGUUACAGCUUCAGCAAAAAAUUCAGAAACAACCAAUUCAAUCUCUGGAGCCUACACUUCCGCUGACACUAACACUUUCGUCAACAAUUUCAACAACGGAUCAAAUCCAACAAAAUCAGCACAUGUAUCCAAAAAUUCAACAACCAAUGGCUUCGACACUCCUCCAGUUAUCUCCACAGCCACAUCAACCAAUGGUCUCACAUUCUCCAAUCAAAACAUUAGACUACCAGCCCAUGACUAUGAUCAGAUCUCCCACGCACCAGCAAGUACACACGGAUUCACCAUUACAAAUGACAAUAACCCACCAGCAGCAAUCCGAGAGUUUACUUUCACCUACAGUAACGAGAGUUAUACCAGACGUAAUGACUUUAUCGUCACCAGAAGCCAUGAUGAAGGAUACUUUAACACCUCAUCAGAUUUACCCAAACGUCCUGCCCCCCCACGUUACAACGGCUGUCAAAAUUCCGGAGCUGCUGGUGUGUACUAUCAGUCAACUAACAACCACUGGUAAAUUUAAUAGACAGUACAUGAGUAGUAGCAAAAGGAAAAAUCAGAUUAAGAUGUUACCCGGCUUCUCUACAAUUAACCAGCAAGCUUCAGCAUUCCGCACUUACGAUACAAAUGACACUUCUUUAGGAAAAUUUGCAAUUCAUCAAAGCUUCAUUCAAGGCUUCAACUUAGGCAAAACCAGUCAAAAAAAAAACACACAGAUACUGAGCAAGUCAAUUCAAUCGUCAACUUUUACUAGCGAAAGUAUCUCUCCUAAUGUAUUAUCAUCAUGUCAACACGUUUCUCAGCAGCAGCAGCAACAACAUCAGCAGCGACACACAAAUGAACGUAACCAAACUAAGAACAAUAAAAUAUGGGAAGCCAAAGAUGUUGAUAUCAAUAUCAUUUCUAAAAAGAAAAAUUAUGUUAAAAAAAAAAAAAAAAAUCCCAACAAUAAGAUCAAUUUAACUUUGUCAAAAAUAUCAACAGAUAAUUAUGUAACUGAAAGUGUCAAAUUAAGGUGUGAACCAUGUUCUAAGACUUUUUAUAAAUCUUGCUAUCUCACGCAGCACAACAAAAGUUUUCAUGCAGGAGUCAGACCCUUUAAAUGUGACAAAUGUGGCAAACGCUUUCUUGAAAAAGAAAAGCAUGAGGUACAUGAACGGGUCCAUCUCAAUGACAAGCCUCAUAAGUGCGAGGUGUGUCCGAAAAGUUUUAAUCACAAAACUGACCUGAGGCGCCAUAUGUGUAUGCACACUGGCAUCACGCCUUACAAAUGUAAUUUAUGUGCCAAAAAAUUCACUCGCAAAGAUCACAUGGAAAAGCAUGUAGCAGGGCAUAAUAAAAAAAGUACUACUAGAAUGAAAAUUAAGAAUAACAGUUAUAAUGUAAAAUUUAACAAAAACAAUAAUAACAAAUUUCUUAACAACAAUAGUGAGUACAGACAAACUAACAAGUAUAACAAAAAAAAAAGUAUGAAAAAUACUAAAAACGACGUUAAUAGUACUAACAAUUACGAUUCAUUUCAUAAUAUAAACCAUGAUGAUAAUAAUAAUAAUAAUAAUAUUUUCAUAAAAAUGACUUCGAGCAAUAAUUUUAUUGGCCUUAACAAUGAUGAAAACAUAUAUGAACUGACCAGUGGUAAUAUUAAUCAUAAGUCAUAAAAGAAUCCUUAAAAACUAUAGUAAAGCUUAAAAAGUCGAGUGAUUGGAGAUGUAAGAAGAAAUUUUUACAAUAAAAAUUUUUUUAUAGAAAAAUGCGUACUAUCUUAAAUAUUUUGUUAUUGAUUUAUCGCUUAAAUUUCUUCUGUAGAAUUGUAAUGAAAACUUAGAUGAACCAAAAGUACGAAAAAUAGAGUUUCUUUUAAUAGAUCAUUUGUAAUCUUACAGUUCAACAUAUUUUUUAGAUCACUAUAUUUGAACGACGGACGUCUUCUUCAAAAAAAUAAAGAAAAUAUGAGUUGUGCUUCUUAAUCGAAAACUUCAAAAAAUAAUAAAUAUUUAGAUUGUUUUUCACGUAAUAAUGAGACCUUCAAAAGACAAAAAGUUUCAAUAACAAAAUAGGCAGUUACAAUAUUGAUAGACAUGCACAGUGUGCCUUCCUUUAAAUUUUUUGGUAAAAUUUACUAAUCCACUAUUUUUAACUUCAUUAAAAAAUACCUAAAAUAGUUAUUUGCUUAGAGAACGACUAGUAGCACUCCCAACUAUGGCAAAAGUUUGUAAUUUGAGAGAUCACAAAGGAUUUAAACACAAAAUAAAUAAAAAAUUCUGUAAAACUACAAUAUUUUUUGAUGAAAGUUAUGAAAAAAAUAGCCAAUU